AUGGCGCCGAAGAAGUCCUCAGCCAAAACAAAGCCCAAACCUACCACCGUUAGACUCGACUUUGCUCCUCCAGCCUCUAAGCGCAUAGAUCCUCUGACUGCUUUUGCGGCCCCGAAACCCAAAGGAAAAGCCAAGGAGACUGAGGACGACCGGCUAUGGGUGGAAAUAUACGAGCCAACGUCGCAAACCGAACUUGCAGUCCAUCCGAAGAAAGUCGAGGACGUCAGACGGUGGCUUGAAGAGGCGUUCGUGGGAGGGCCGUCGGGAAAGCUACGCAAGUAUCGUCGUAUUCUUGCUUUGACAGGCUUGGCUGGGGUAGGCAAGACAGCCACGAUCCGAGUUUUGGCGAGAGAAAUGAACUGCGAGGUGUUGGAGUGGCGCAAUGCGAUGGGCGACAAUGCGUAUACAGGCUUUCAAGAUGACCACCAGACUCUGUUUUCGAAAUUCGAAAACUUCCUUGAACGCGCUGCCACCUGCAACACGGUAUUCGCUGGGCCUUCCUCCUCACAGACAAAGCGCCGCAUAGUGUUACUGGAAGAUUUGCCGAAUCUCCUCCAUGCAGACACCCGCACAAAAUUUCAUAACGCUUUCCAAGCCCUCGUCGCCUCGCCCGACCCCAAUCCGGUCCCAGUGGUCCUUAUAGUUAGCGACUCAGGAACUCGUGGCGAGGCUGCAGACGAUCGGCUCUUGACUGGGCAAAGUAGAGAGCGUGACGAUGCUAUGGACAUCUACACUAUCUUACCCAGGGAUCUAUUGAAUGGCCCAUAUGUUACUCAAAUCGGCUUCAAUCCCAUUGCGCCUACAAUCAUGAAGAAAGCGCUUCAAUCAAUGAUACACUCUCAUUUUUCAUCUCAAACCAGUAAUGCUCCAUCUAAAGAAAUCCUCGACGUGAUCAUUGAGACAUCCAAUGGCGACAUCCGAAGUGCAAUAAUGGCGUUGCAAUUCUCGUGCAUCGUCGAACUGCCUUCUGGUAAACGGAAAAAAGGGACCAAAGGAAACGCAAAAGUACUUCUGGAGGCUAUAACCCGGCGAGAGCAAAGUCUCGUUUUGUUUCACUUAUUGGGAAAGGUCUUUUAUAACAAGCGUAAGUCCUUCUUAGUAAGGGUGACCCACCGAACCCCAGUGCAACGGCGAAGGACGUUUUUAAAAGACAAAGAGUUGGAUGCGGCGCUGCGGGACCCUCCCAAGUUACCACACCACUUGUCUGCACAUGAACGACGAACUAGCCGUGUCAAUGUCGACAUGCUGUACGCAGACUCGCCAAUCGACUCGUCUCUCUUCUCACUUUAUAUUCACCAAAACUAUCACCAAUAUUGCAACGAGAUGGAGGAGUGCGAAGGUGUUGCUGAGUGGCUUAGUUGGGUGGAAUCAAGUGGCGGAGAAGCAUGGUACCAGGCAAAUCCGCACCAGUUCCAUCUUCUUGCUCUCGGCACGCUGCAUUCCCUUCCCUCGCCAGUUCCACGACGAAACCAAAAGUGUUUCAAGCCCCAGUUUUUCGACUAUUUGACGAAAGAAAAAGACGCUUGGGAUGCGGACGAAGACCACCGCGUUGGGAGCUGGAGUCGGGCAGAGGUUGUUACGGAGCUUGGCGGGGUGCUGAAAGCGCGUGAUACGAACCCAACAGCGUCAAUGCGGGCCCCGCUGUCGCACCAACUGUUCUCAAGGUUAGAUUUUGUGCCCGGUAGUGAUGGGAGCGGGUUGAGCCAGCUUAGCGAAGCCGAAGUGCCUGGUGUUGUUGAGGGGCUAGUGGAAGACACAGAUCAUGUUGGUGGCUGGGAAACUGGCAAUAAGAACGGAGGAGGAUGGCUUGAGGAUGAUGAGAUCGAUGAAUUUUGA